AUGCCUGUCCGCCUCCGGAUGGCCAUGCACGGCCGAAGACACAACCGUAUAUUCCACUUAGUCGCCAUUAACCAGCGCACAAGACGAGACGCAAAACCUAUGGAGCUAUUGGGCAUUUACGACCCCGCCCUUAAGCUCGGGGAGACACACAAGACUGUUAAAUGGAGUGUGGACAGAAUAAAAUACUGGCUGGGUGUUGGAGCACUGCCUAGUAAAUCUGUAGUCAAGCUCUUGGAAUGUGGUGGUGUAUUACCGCCAGACUCAAAGUAUCACCCGAAGGCUUUGGGUCCA